UGGGUGACGGUUUCGAUUUCUUGAAGUGCUGACAAAACUAUGGUGGCAGGCCACCGUACAAAACCUUCCUCAAAACCAUAAUCUGUACAGUCUAUGCCCAAAACCAAGUGUUGGUACGUAUGUUUUUCAUUUAGUAUACUUUAUAGGGCUAACACUGAGAGCGUUGAAAGUCAGUUUGACACUAAUGGAGCUUAAACAGUUACAUUUGCUGACCGGGACUGGUGAACUCUCGGCAAACAAAGUUUUCUGAUAGUAAAAUAUUAAGUGUAAAUUGUCAUGUCAUGCCGGUUCACGUUGAUUUGAGUCCUGCUGCUGUUAAAAACAGAUAACAACUCUGUUGGCGGAUGGACAGCUGUUGUCUUGAUUAAUAAAGCAAUAAAAACGAUGUCAACUGUAAUGUAAUGUCAUAUUAUUUCUUUUUGUCCAAGGUACACCAAAAGUGAGAGUGCUUUGUUGCCAUACUUGAGAUGGCAUUAUUUCCUGGAAUAAAGGCUCUUCUAAGUUUCCAUCAAUCACUGACAGUGCUGCGCAUUUCUUCACUCAUUUCUUCACACUCAGUAUCCCAAUACCUCCUGAAGAGGUUUUACAGUUCUUCAACAGAAAGUGAACAGCCAGCAGCCCCAGAGAAUGAAUCUCUGCUGCAGAACCUCAGUCUCAUGGGAGUGGAUGUGACAAAGGCCCGGCAGCGUCAACCCGGGGUGCUCCGUAAAGUCGUCACUAAUGAGCAAGGUGUUGCUCAGUUUCUGAAUGACAAAGGUGCCAGCAACAAAGUCAUUGCAGGAAUCAUUUCUCGUUUUCCCCGCGCCAUCACCCGCUCCAUCGAACAUUUGGAGACGCGCUGGGCACUGUGGAAGAACAUCAUUCAGACUGAUGCAGAAAUAGUGAGCAUCGUGGAUCGCUCACCAGAGGCUUUCUUCCGCACCAAUGAUAAUGGGAACUUUAAGAAGAACAUAGAUUUUCUGACCUCGCUGGGACUAAGCUCCAAAGACCUUCAUCGGCUUCUGGCAACAGCACCACGAACUUUCUCCAACAGCGUAGAGCUCAACAAGCAGAACUUAGAGUUUUUGGAAGAAAUCUGUGUUGAGUUUGGUGGCAAAAAUUCCGAAAACUUUGCUAAAAACAUCAUAUCCAGAAACCCUUAUAUUCUCAUACGAAGCACUAAGAGAAUCAGAACAAACAUUGACUUCCUGAGAGCUACUCUGAAGCUGAGUGAUGAGGAGUCGCUUGCUCUUUUUCAAGGCCGUGGGGCAGGAAUAUUGGACGUUUCCAAUGAAUGUAUGAAAAAGAAUGCAACCGGUCUUCAGCAGAGGCUGGUCUCACUUGGCUGUAAAAAGGCUGACAUGAAAAAACUGAUCAUGAGCUAUCCUGGAAUCCUGUUCAUGGGGACAGACACACUUAACUCCAAGCUGGACUGUCUCCUAAAGGCGGGGAUAACUAUCAAGCAGAUUUUGAAAAAACCAAGGGUGUUAGACCUCAGCGUCCAAAACAUUACAGGGAGACUGAAGGAGCUGAAUAACCUGGGGUAUGACUUCCAGAGUGAUGGCGUCACUAUCCUGAAUAUAAGCAAAAAAAGAUAUGAUGAAAAGCUGAAAAAACUUGGCGGAUGAAUGAAUCAAUUGUUUGAUUUUGAUGCAAGAAAAUGCUGAAUGUUGUUUUGUCUUGGCUACAAAUGAAUAGCCCUUUUUGCACUUCAAGAUUCUUUGCUCAUGUUUCUGAUGCAUAUUAUUUCUCCCUCUUUUUCCUGAAUAACAUAAUGUUUUAGGACCAAAUCAGCUAAAUAAUGUAAUUGAUUAUUACUACAUCUUCAGAGUGUAGAAGAACCAAACACAACAGUUUUUUAAACCUGAAUACAAUACAUGGACUUUGUUGAUCCUUAAAGGGAAAUUUGUCUGGAGUCUAAUGUCAUCUGUUAACCAAAGAAUUAUGUAGUCUGAUGGAUGUGGAUACAAAAAACCUUCUGAAUCUCUGUGUACUGCAGUGAGGAGAGAGGAGCUGUCCACCAUCAUACUUCACAGAUUUAAUUUAAUUUAAUUUUUUAAUGCUUUAUUCAGAGUUAACAAAAUUACAAUUCCAAACAUAGCAGAAUCAGUUCAGUACAGUAAUUUCAAUAUUGAAAUAACAUAUCAGUGAGAAAUACUUAACAAUAUGGGGAAGCAACAAUGCGUGUUUACACAGGGGAAAAAAAACAGCAGGGCAAUAAAAUAAAGUAGAUAGUGAAGAACAACAAGCAGACAGAAUCAUAAAAGUAACUUUAAAUAAAUAAAAUAAUUUAUGCUAUGCAAAACUUUACAAGGGUUUUCUUUCUUUUUAAAACAUUUCUAGGUGUUCAUAUUGGCGGGAAAAUUCUUUCAGUUGUCAUAACUUUUGCUCCUUCAAACCAGUUAACGUUUUAAGAGAUUUCAAAUACAUUUUAAAUUUGUUUAUGAAAACAAUAAAUCUGGGGGAUGGUCUCAUAACUUUAUUCUUAUGGAUGAAAUAUUUGGCAAGACAUAAGAUUACAUUGCAACAGAAUUUAUCAUUUUUAUUUGGUAGUAUCAUUCCAAAAGUAACAUUAUCUAGAGAAAUACAGUGUGGAAAUACUGCAAUUUUUUGUUGAAUCCAUUUGUGAAUGUUAAGCCUGAAUGUUAUCAUACUUCACAGAUAAUGUCUUGAAUUCCUUUGGAACAAUGUAUUUUGUAUUUUCUUCUUCAAAGACAAUUCUUUGCAUUCAUGUGAGCAUUUUUUGAAUAAGAACCAUAUGCAACAAAAGAAACAACUUAUGGAGA